GAUACAUGACACCUUUUCUCUCUUUACCCUUUAUCUUUUCCUGUCUCUUUCUCUUCCAACAACACGACCAAAAGAGAUGAUGAAACCAUCUGGGUCCCACGAAUUCCUGGGGACCGUUCACAACAUCCUCGGAAAUCCUCCGCAGAUCUCGCACAUCGUACUUUCAGGACACAAAAACACAAGCCAUUGUUGGAUUGUGUUGCAUUGUUCAUUUCUGGAAGAGAGAGACAAGACAAAACAGAAAACAAAAAAUAACAAACGAAAACCAAACCAAACAAAACAAAACCACCGAUUUUUCAUCCUUCCACGAUGCCCCUGUUUCUGGGUUCUUCUUCUUUUUAUCUCUGACGGUUCGGUUUUCUCGGAGGCGGUCUCGCAACCCGCUUCCGAGCCGGGUCAAGUAAACCGGGCGGGUGAAUGGGCUGUGUCAACUCCAAGAAAGCGGUGGCCAGAGCCGCUUCUGCUUCGCCGGUGGGACCCUACGUCGUGCAAUCGAGCUCCAGAAAGAGGACCAGCAAUGUGCCUUCUUCUGCGGCGGUGUCGGUGGUGGUGGCGGAGCCACCUCCACCAGCUCCUUCAGCUCCUCCACCUGUGUCGGUUUCGGCGUCGGCGUCGCGCUCGUCAAGAGAGCAUUUGCGUUCCGGGUCGGUGGUUGUGACCCGAAAGAGCGACGCGAAACCCGAGGUGGAGGAGUGGAAGAAGGGAAGUUUGACUAGGAGGCUUGGUUUGUCGUCGUCGUCGGGAAGGUUUGUGGAAGCGGAGCAGAACGCGGCUGGUUGGCCUUCUUGGCUCACCUCCAUUGCAGGGGAAGCCAUUCAUGGAUGGGUUCCUCUCAAAACAGAGUCUUAUGAGAAAUUAGAUAAGAUUGGACAAGGUACAUAUAGCAGUGUGUUCCGAGCACGUGAAGUUGACACAGGGAGAAUGGUUGCCCUGAAGAAGGUGCGCUUCGACAAUCUUCAACCUGAAAGCAUAAGAUUCAUGGCAAGAGAAAUCAUAAUUCUCCGCACACUUGAUCACCCAAACAUCAUGAAAUUGGAGGGUAUAAUCACUUCACAACUAUCACAUAGCAUAUACCUUGUAUUUGAAUACAUGGAGCAUGACCUUGCUGGUCUUGUAUCUUCUCCCGACAUCAAGUUCAGUGAGUCACAGAUUAAAUGUUACAUGAGACAACUGUUAAGUGGACUUGAGCAUUGUCACCUCAGAGGUAUUAUGCAUCGAGAUAUUAAAGUAUCAAACAUAUUAGUGAAUGAUGAAGGUAUUCUCAAAAUAGCAGAUUUUGGAUUAGCAAAUACCGUUAACCCGAAUAGCAAGAUCCCUUUAACAAGUCGUGUAGUGACGCUAUGGUAUCGCCCUCCUGAGCUAUUGAUGGGAUCAACAAAUUAUGGAGUCUCAGUGGAUCUAUGGAGUGUGGGCUGUGUAUUUGCUGAACUUUAUCUAGGGAAGCCCAUCCUUAAGGGUAGAACUGAGGUGGAACAGUUACACAGAAUUUUUAAGCUUUGUGGGUCUCCACCUGAGGAGUUCUGGAAAAAGUGUAAGCUUCCUCUUGCAACAAUGUUUAAGCCUCAGACUAAUUACGAAAGCUCUUUUCGCGAGCGGUGUAAAGGUUUUCCUGCAACUGCUGUAAAGCUUCUUGAGACUUUACUGACCAUUGACCCCUACGAGCGCGGGACUGCCUCCUCUGCACUAAUGUCCGAGUAUUUCAGCACCCUUCCUUAUGCUUGCAAUCCAUCAGUCCUGCCAAAGUAUCCACCAAGCAAAGAAAUGGAUGCUAAAAAUCAGGAAGAUACACGCAGGAAAAAGUAUGGAGGUAAAGUGAGAGAGGCCGUAACAUCAAAAAGGCAAAGACGAGUCCAGAAAGUUCUGCAGGACCCUAACAAUGUCAAUAAGCCAGUUCUGAAAGAGGAAAUGCAGAAUACUUCUCAAAAUGCUUGUAGAGAUGACGACGGUAAAGCACAUCUUACAAAGGGAAAAGUAGGAGGUGUGCACAAAGGGCAACAAAAAUCUUCAUAUAAUGCAAAGUCAGAGGCCCAAAGGGUAAAUGGUAGUAAUGGCUAUAGUGUGUACUCAGGACCAGCACCAGUUACAGGAUCUAGUGGCUUUACCUGGGUGAAAAGGAGAAAACCAGAGGUUUCAUCUGUAUUAUCAGAUAGCUCAAGAAGCAAAAUCAGUGCACUCGAUCCAACCUUUGCGAAAGGCACGUAUGAUUUAACAAAACACGGGAUAGAUAUUUCAGAAAGGAAACAUAGUUACAGCACAAGCCAUCAGGAUGAGACCUCCAAGGGUGUAUUACAGAAGAACCAGGCUCGUCACGGUCUACGAGAAUCCUUUGACAUAGCUGAUACAUACCGUUCAAAUCAUUACAUGGAAUAUGAUCUCACAGAAAAAACAGAUGCUCAGAUAAAUACUCAGGGCCACAGAAGACUUGGUGAGCCUGUGGAACAAUCAAGACCAGCAAUGAUCCAACGAAAUAAAAGUGAUGAUUUUCUGCAGUUGAAUGCAAAUAGCAAGUGGCGAUCUGUUCGUAGAUCAAGGCUUGGAAGAGACAAAUGACUCAUGGAUUAUUGGACUGGAGUAAUCCCCAACUCUACCAUGGCGCUUGACUAAACAUCAUGUCCAUUGAUGGACUUUCUUGUUGGCAUUUGAACCAUUUUAACUUCUGACUUCAGCUUUCUCCUGACAUCUUUGGUGACACUGCACCUCCUUUUGUUCAUAACAAAGUGUUCUCAUACAGGUUUAUCAUACAUAGGAGUAACACUGAAAUAUAUAGGAUUACAGUAACAGUAUAAUUGCCAAUAUGGAAGAUGAUAUGAUCAAACAAACGUUAACUUUUUUUCUGGUAGAGUUUUGUCCUUAGCAUCUUAGUACAUGUCCCUAGUUAUUUAUUUAUUAUUAUUCUUUUUGUCUCAACACUUGAGCAGUGUAUGCAGAUCUUAAUAAGAGGUAGAAUGUUAUCUCAAAAUGCCUAAUUAGGAAACACAAAGACCAAAGCACGUUCUCUAUGUAUUGCUGUUUUGAACGUCAGGAAUCCAGGAUAAAGUAUUCAUUUUUUGUUUA